AGAAAAAUUCUUGGACAAGAAACCUGCAAGCCCUCCGUUCUAUUUCCGGCGAACCCACUGUACUUCCCUCCCUCUCCGGCGAAACCCAUUACAAUCCCUCUAUGGAGAAACCGACCACCCCGACACCCCUCCAUUCCGUCUUCAGCGACCCCCCUUCGGCGACUCAUCACACCGUUCGCUACAAACCCCACGACCUCCCCUCCGCUGCAGCCUUCUCCGUCGUAGGCCUCCCCGCCGCGAUCCCAGAUCUCCAUUGCGAUAGCCAGAUCUAUGCGAACCCAGAAGGCCGCCGGCCGCCGCCAAUAUCUCGUUGCUCGCCGCUCUGGCAAAACAAGCUCACAUUUAUGGCCGCAACAAAGAGUACUGCUGAAAAUAUUCCGCGACUGCUAUAUGUCAAUCCUAACUUGGGAUUUAGCCUUGAAGAAACUCCCGAUUCGUCACUUAAAAAAAUUAUCACUUUACAUCAUAGAUAUGCCCCUCUAGAGCAUGCUGCAAUAGAAGGUAAUUGGGAAGUUGCUAAAAAGUUUUUGGAUGAUGACCCUAGCGCAAAAACAGCUAGGCUCGGACCCCGGUCGAUGACUGCAUUGCACGUUGCUGCUUUAAAAGGGCAUGUACAAUUUUUGAAGAACAUGGUAGAAUUGAUGAAUGAAGAGGACCUCGAAAUUCGUGAUGAUCGUGACUAUACCGCGCUCGAGUAUGCUGUCAUAAUGGGGAACUUAGAGGCUGCAACAACGUUGAUCAAUAAAAAUUGGAGAUUACCAAAUCUUUUGGACGCUGGUGGAGAUUGUCCACUCGGCAAUGCUGUUAUUCAAUCUGGCUUGGUGAGAAAUGCAGAAAUGGUAUGGUAUCUUGCCUCCAUGACAGUCAAUGAACAAGUCUUCACUACGAAUCUUGUUCACGCCCUCGUCAUAACUGGUUAUGUUGAUGUUUUGUUGUAUCUACUUGAGCGGUUUCCGGGUUAUCUGAGCAACUCUAAAUCGAAUGCGGCUGCUCUUCUCUCUGAAUUGGCUGAAACUCCCUUGAACUUCUUGAGUGGCUGCAGGUUUGGAUUUUGGCAAAGAUGCAUCUACUCAAUUAUUCCUGUAAUUGGGAGGAGUUUUGAACUACCAUUUUCCGUUAGAAGCAAUGCGGGGGAUCCCCAUAAAGAUUGCUCUGCAGUGCUUCAUUGGUUCCGACGAGUGCUCUUCAACAUUUCCAAAGUAAUAGCACCCGAUUUUAUUUGGCGAAUCCAAGAAAAAAAACGCAGGCACCAUUGUGCCAUAGAAUUGGUAAACUUAGUUUGCGGGCAAAUUAUCAAAAUGGAUGCUAUUGAAGAGGGUUUCAUGGGUUAUCAAAUCCUAUACCGAGCCACAACUUCCGGGAUAAUUGAGAUAUUAAGGAUAUGUUUCCAACUAUGUCCAGAGCUAAUCUGGGUCCGUCUAAAGGAUAAAGACUAUUCUUUGCUUGAAGCUGCGGUUAAAAAUCGGCAUGAUGAGAUUUUCAAAUUUUUGAUCCGGGAUAAAUCAUGCUUUGCCAUAGACUCUAGCUUUUAUUAUGAAGUUUCAACUACACUCUUGCAUAAAACAGCGACACUGGCGCCUUCUCUCGAACUCUUGUCUGUGUCUGGUGUAGCCCUUCAAAUGCAACGAGAAAUACAAUGGUUCAAGGCUGUGGAGAAAUUGAUGUACCCUACUACUGUGGAAAACACAAAUGAAGAAAACUUAACUGCAUGGGAGUUAUUUAAAAGGGAGCACAAACAACUAGCUGAAGCGGGAGAGAAAUGGAUGAAAGAUACAUCAGAUUCUUGUAUGAUUGUUUCGACUCUGAUUACUACCGUUGUGUUUGCCGCUGCUUUUACCGUGCCCGGAGGUAAUGAUAGUAAUGACGGAGUUCCGAUCUUCUUGUGGAGCAAGGCAUUCUUGGUGUUUGCCGUUUCGGAUGCACUAGCACUCUUUUCCUCUUUAACUUCUCUCUUGAUGUUCUUGUCCAUUCUUACUGCCCGUUAUGCGGAAGAAGAUUUCCUCAAAUCAUUACCAGAGAGGUUGAUAAUAGGUCUGGCUUCUCUCUUCUUUGCAAUUGCCACAAUGAUGAUAGCUUUCGCUGCAACACUCUUUAUUGUACUCAGCAAGAGGCUACAAUGGGUUUUUGGUCCUAUCAUUUUGUUAUCAUUUUUUCCGGUGAGUAUAUUUGGACUGUUAAAGCUUCCUUUGUUUAUCCAAAUGAUCCAAUCAACCUAUGGCUCCACCCUUUUGCCUUCCAACGUCUCCGAAAUGUAGAAACAUUUUCAAUUUUUUUAGCUUUGUAAAAACU